AUGAAGCUCCUCCAAUUUUGUCAUCCUUUUCCUCCAAAUCCUGGAAGUCCUCCUUUUCCUCCGCCUAUUCCCGGAGGUCCUCCUCCUCCAAAUCCAGUAGGUCCUCCAAUUUUAGGGAGUCAUCCAAUUAUUGAAGGUCCUCCAAUUUUUGGAAGUCCUCCGAUUCAAGGCAGCCCUCCGAUUCCAGGAAGUCCUCCUUUUACUCCUCCUAUUCCCAAAGGUCCUCUAAUUUUAGGAAGUCCUCCUCCUCCAAUUAUCGAAGGUCCUCCGAUUUUUGGAAGUCCUCCUAUUCCUGGAAGAAGUCCUCCUUCAAUUCCUGUAGGUCCUCCAAUUUUUGGAAGACCAAUUCCUGGAGGUCCUCCGAUUUUGGGAACUCCUCCUCCUCUAAUUCCUAGAAGUGCUCCGAUUCCAGGAAGUCCUGGGAGUCCUCCGAUUCCGGGAAGUCCUCCUAUUCCUGGAAGUCCUCCCCCACCAAUUCCUGAGGGUCCUCCUAUUGUUGGAAGUCCUCCAAUUUUCGGAAAUCCUCCUCCGAUUCCAAGAAGCCCUCCUAUUCCGUCUCCAGUCUGCAAGAUAGAGUUACCGCCAUGA